AUGCCUAGCAAAGAUUCUUUUAGAGGUGAAGAUUCUCCUAGACAAAAGGAUCGGUACGACACCAAGGAAAGGGAUCGGUACGACACCAAGCAAAGAGAUCGGUACGACACCAAGCAAAGAGAUCGGUACGACACCAAGGAACGGCAUAAUAGUGAUUCCAGGGAAAGACAUCAUCAUCAUUCCAGGGAAAGAUACAGGGUUUCAAGACAUUCUAUUGAAGGUAGAGAUCAUGAAGAUGAUGGAAAAAGGGAACGACAACCUAAAGAAAGAAAUGCAUAUUGUUCUUCUUCAAAUUCGAGUGGUGAUAAAUACACAAUUUCCAAAGAAGGGCCUAAAGACGUGUCUGCAAGUUAUCACUUUGGCUAUAAAAGAUGCGAUCGCGAUUUUUCCGAUAAUUUUAGCAGUAAAAGUUCCGUUAAACUUGGACAAACAUCUCGCCCCUUAAAGGAUCAUUUUCUUUCAAGCGAGCAUCAUAAUUUAGCAAAGAUCCAGAAAUUAGAAGUAGCAGAAGAUGUGGAAGAGGUGGAAGAUCUAGGGUCUAUUGAUCCUGAUAUGGAGAUUAUGCGAUCAAUGGGAUUCGGCUCGUUUUCAUCCACCAAGGGCCAGCAUGUUUUGGGAGCCGAUGUUUCUGCAGUCUCCACUAGUGCCCCGUUAAAGUACCGACAAUACAUGAACCGAGUAAAUGGGUUCAAUAAACCGCUUCAAAACUGA